AUGUCGGGGGACUACGAGGAGGACGUGUGCCGCAGCGCCCUGCGCCUGGUGCAGGAGCUCUGCUUCGCCCCCCGUGCCCGUGCCCAGCACCAGCAGUGCCUGGAGUUCACCGACCUCCUGCGGCACCGCGGGCACCCCCGGCCUGCCGACGCUGACAUCUCGGUGAGCCUGCUGUCGGUGAUCGUCACCUUCUGCGGCAUCGUGCUGCUGGGCGUCUCGCUCUUCGUCUCCUGGAAGCUCUGCUGGGUGCCCUGGCGCGACAAGGGGGGCGCGGGGGCCGCCCCCCGCAAGGAGCCCCCCCACCCCGUGCCCUUCGGGGAGCCCGAGCGGGGGGAAGCGGGCGCCGAAGCCCCCGAGCGCUCCUACCUGGACAUGGGGUCCUGCCCCGAGGCCGCCCUAAAGCUGAGCCAGACUUCGCCCGAGCUGCCCCUGGAGCGCGACGGGGCCGGGGGGGCCCUGCCCAGCGCCACCUCCCAGCAGCAGGUGGCGGCGCUGGGACACGGGGGGGUGGCUGGGGACCCCACCCCAGCUCCAUCACCAGGACCACCCCUUUUCCCCCCCAGACACCCCCCGGCCCCCCGCCCAUCCAGCCCGGACCCCCCGAACCUCUUCGAGGAGAAACCCGAGCAAAGCACCAGCAUCGGCCAGAUCCAGCCCGAGCUCUACCAGCCCGGCGAGGGCGACGCUCGGCGCGGGGGCGCCGGGGGAGCCGGGGGGGGGACGCCCUGCGGGCGGCUGAGCGUCGCCCUGCGCUACGCCUACGGCACCGAGCAGCUGGUGGUGCGGGUGCUGCGCGCCCGCGACCUCCCCGCCAAGGACGCCAACGGUUUCUCCGACCCCUACGUCAAGAUGUACCUGCUGCCCGACCGCAAGAAGAAAUUCCAGACCAAGGUGCACCGGCGGACGCUCAACCCCGUCUUCGACGAGACCUUCAGCUUCGGGGUGCCCUUCGCCGAGCUGCCCGCCCGCCGCCUGCACUUCAGCGUCUACGACUUCGACCGCUUCUCGCGGCACGACCUGAUCGGGCAGGUGGUGCUGGAUAACCUGCUGGAGGCGGCCGAGCGCGACGGCGAGACGCCCAUCUGGAGGGACAUCCUGGAGGCCACCGCGGAGAAGGCAGACCUGGGGGAGGUGAACUUCUCGCUGUGCUACCUGCCCACGGCCGGGCGCCUCACGGUCACCGUCAUCCGCGCCUCCAACCUGCGCGCCAUGGACCUGACCGGCUUCUCGGACCCCUACGUGAAGGCCUCGCUGAUGGCGGAGGGCCGGCGGCUGAAGAAGCGCAAGACGUCCAUCAAGAAGAACACCCUGAACCCCAGCUACAACGAGGCGCUGGUGUUCGACGUCCCGCACGAGAGCGUGCACCACGUCAGCCUCACCAUCGCCGUGGUCGACUACGACUGCAUCGGGCACAACGAGGUGAUCGGGAUGUGCCGGGUGGGCAGCGACGCCGAGGGGCCGGGCCGCGAGCACUGGGCCGAGAUGCUGGCCAACCCCCGUAAACCCAUCGAGCACUGGCACACCCUGGUCGAGGAGAAGGCGCUGGGGCUGGCGGCCAAGGGGGCGGCGCGGGACAAACCCAGCAUCGUGGUGGAGCCCGACUGA